ACUCGACAUUCGAUCGUGCGCACUUCAUUAAAUAUCGGUAGACAACAGGGUCUCUAUCGUAAUAUAUUCGUUACGGAGUAGAUUGUACACAGGGGAAUGAAAACUUGCAACUUCAAAUCGCCGACCACAAUUGAACAAUCUAAAAUGUAUUAAAGCUUACAGUCGAAGACACCGCAAUGGAUUAAGCAAACCACAAUCAAGAUUCUACAACUGAGGUAUUGUCAACAAUGUAGAGACAUAUUGAGUCUGUAAAGAGUGAAAUUAAGUUGACUGAAAUCAAUCUUGCAGCGGAUAUUGACACAUCUAAAAUAUAUAUUUAAACAAAUGCGGAAGGCACACACAUGGAAAUAAAGGAUUGUAUUCACGAUUCUACAAAAGAGGUUUUAACAACAAUAAAGAAACACACCGAGUCUGCAAAUAGUGAAAUAAAAUUAACUAUAAAAGACGCUGAAAUGACAUUGAACAAAACUUUUCACGAUGGAACGUCAAAGAUAAUGUCGGCCAUUGAAUCUUUGCAUGGACAUGUUAAUGCCUUGACAAAAAAUGUGCCGAUAUCAGGCGAAAAUGUUACAAAAUGUCACAAUGCCGAUCCUUACAACGACGUAUGUGCCACGCCAGUUUCAGCGGGGAAUUCACCACAAACGAUUGGAGCAGAUGAUACACUAUCAGCAGGGCAAAUAAAAAGGGAAAGGAGUAGCAGCCUUAAUGAAAUGAACUCAGAAGACCAAACCACUCAACCAAAACGGCUUAGAUCUGACGAAGAAAGCGACGACAAUAAAGAUUCCAAUGACUAUAAUGAGUAUGCAUCCGAAAAUGGAGGAAGCGACAUCGACGAAGAUGAUUUACCGGAAAAACAUAAGCGGAUCUACGCACCUCAUGAUUAUCAGAAGGAACUUGCAGAGAAGGCUUUACUUGGACAGAACACCAUCAUCUGCGCUGAAACUGGUACGGGCAAGACAUGGGUAGCUCUGUAUAUUAUCGACAAGCAUAUUUCACAGACAUCUAAAGGUACCCGCAAAGUAGCGUUUAUGGCACGGACGAGUGCGCUGAUAAAACAACAAUACAAUCUCUUCAGGAAAUAUCUUCCUGAUUGCAAAACCAAGCUUUUGACCAAAGAUGAUAAAGAGUCAAGAAAUGUCGAUGCCUUCAUUUCCAUGCAAGACAUCAUAUGCUUUACACCGCAAAUAUUGAUCAACGCUCUUGACAGCGGGAACGUACAAAGCCUUUCCAAAUUUUCUCUUCUUGUGUUUGACGAGUGUCAUAACACACGAGGCGACGAGCCCUAUGCAAUGCUUGCGAGAAAAUAUUUAAUAGAGAAACAAAUGCACACUGUUGACGGACAAACCCAACUCCCGCAGAUUGUUGGUCUUACUGCUUCCAUAGGAGUUGGUAGGUCCAGUACAGUGGACGAAGCUGUCGACAACAUUCUACGUGUGUGUGCAUUGCUGGAUGUGAUACCACCGAUAUCUACCGUAGUUCGAAGCAGGGAGAGUUUGAAGAAAUGGGUUAUAACGCCGAAGGAAGGCAAGAUUGAGGAUAGAUAUAUCUCAUAUAAAUUUCACUAAAUGAACAAAACACAGCUUAUGAUUAAUCAGCGUAUGUAUUGACAUGACGAGUCGUCGAACCUAAAUAUAUCAGUACAUGAAAGACGAAAAUAUUUUCUGUGUUAAACGUUCUACAGUCGUGAGAAUAUAAAAGUUUGCUUGUGCGGUCCUUGUGUGCGUUCGUGUGUGCAUGCGUUCGUGUUUGUGUGUAUAUUAUUGGUUUACACAAUGAAGCCGGUUACUGUAUAAUUCGAAUUACCUAUGUUUUAGUGUGUUUUCUUAAUGGAGCUAUUACUGAUUGUAAAUCUAGUCAUUGUUUUUUGUGUGUAUGCGCGUGAAUUUCAGAAAAAAUAAAGAUGACUGUAAAGGACCUUGAUCCGUGCAAAGAUAUUUUGCUGGCUGCAAUCGAAGAUGCAGAAUCCCUUCUUGAAGGCAAGAUACAUA